AAAAUAUCUUUGCGACAUCGCUACAUUCCUCCCUCCAAUCUCCCUCUCCUCCAUCAAUCAAUUCACCCAGUUGACAUACAGAACAGAUAGAGACAUCAUGUCGACAUUUGGCCACUACUUUCGCGUGACGACCGCCGGCGAGUCUCACGGCAAGACCGUCUCCUGUAUCAUCGAGAACUGCCCGCCAGGCCUGUCCCUCACCGAGUCCGACAUCCAGCCGCAGCUCAACCGCCGGCGCCCGGGCCAGUCGGCCAUCAGCACCCCGCGCGACGAGAAGGACCGAGUGACUAUAGGAUCUGGAUGCGAGUUUGGGCGCACAUUGGGCACACCCAUACUACUGACCGUGCCUAACGAAGAUCAACGCCCUCACGACUACGGCUCCAAGACCAUCGACCUCUACCCGCGCCCCUCCCACGCAGACUGGACUUACCUUGAGAAGUAUGGUAUCAAGGCCUCCUCUGGCGGCGGCCGGAGCAGCGCCCGCGAGACUAUUGCCCGCGUCGCCGCCGGUGCUGUUGCCGAGAAGUGGCUGCGCGAGGCCUACGGCGUCGAGAUCGUUGCCUUUGUUUCCUCGGUUGGCAACAUCAAGCUCUUCGAGGACAGGCCUACAACCGAUAGCGACGAUAUCGACUCCCUUAGUAGCAACCCUAAGUUCCUCGAGCUUGUUGACACCUUAACCCGCGAGAAGGUAGAUCAGUUCCUUCCCGUGCGCUGCCCUGAUACUACCGUCGCGAAGCGUAUGGAGGAUAAGAUUGCCGAGCUCCGCGAUCAGCACGACUCUACUGGUGGUACCGUAACCUGUAUUAUUCGCGGGUGCCCCUCCGGCCUCGGCGAGCCGUGCUUUGAUAAGCUUGAGGCUCUCCUCGCCCACGCUAUUAUGUCUAUUCCUGCUACCAAGGGCUUUGAGAUUGGCUCUGGCUUCCGCGGCGCCGAGAUGCGCGGAUCCCGCCACAACGACCCCUUCGUGUCUAUCGCCGCCGCCGACGAUGCGACGCCGAGCGCUGGCGCUGGCAUUCCUCCCUCCCGCCUGCGGACCAAGACGAACCACUCCGGCGGUAUCCAGGGCGGCAUCUCCAACGGCAUGCCCAUCUACUUCCGCGUUGCGUUCAAGCCCCCCGCUACAAUCUCCCAGGACCAGACUACUGCUCGCUACGACGCUUCGGGCGAGGGCAUCCUGGCCGCCAAGGGCCGUCACGACCCUAAUGUUGCUCCUCGCGCGGUUCCUAUCGUCGAGGCCAUGGCCGCUCUGACUAUUGCUGACGCCCUCAUGGCUCAGCACGCGAGGCAGAUGGGCGUGAAGAUUGCCGCAGCUGGACGGUAGUACAUUUCGGAGUACGAGUGAAUGUGGAGACUAAGGGGGAACACCAGCAGUAUAGAAAUGGUUAGGAUCAAGGCGCUCGCAAUGAUCUAAAGCGUUAGGAGAAUACAUCGUUUGCUAGACUUUGGCCCUGUCCAUGUAGACUUUGGCCCUGUCCAUGUUCUGUCCUUCCCUAAUGAAACCGAAAAUGCUUUCAAGCCCGGGCCGGAGGGACGGGCUUACACUAUAGCGAUGGCGAGGGCGGCCUCGGGAAGCGUCGGCGCUUAUGCAAGAGGACGCAAAGGGUAUUUCGUCAGCGACGAUGAGAGAAUCCGGCCGUGCGAGGAAGACAAAACAGACAGUGGCAGAUGGUGAAAGAUCAAGCGUCGGCGCGCGUCUUGAGGGAGUACGGAUGCCCGGUUACGUCAACGAACAACUGCUAUACUUGAAUGUCAAGUAUUUCUCACUGCAGGAUAACAGAGACUAGUUUCGUGAAAAUCCUCAAUCAAAUACAUUCUGCAAAAGAAUCAGCAUUUCUCUAG